AGUAUGCGGGGCAUGCAUAAAAGGGUAUUAGCAGCUGACAGUGUGUCUAACGUCCUGUGGCUCGGCUCAGAAUGAUUUAUUGAAAGGGGCACUUUGAGAUAUGAUGAGGUUUCUCUCUGGUUGGCAAUAGUACUAUGAUUUGGUAUGUGGCCACUUUGAUAGCAAGUGUAUUCAGCAUCCGAGGAACGGCUGCUCAAGGUGCCCACGGAGUCAGAGAGGAGCCCCAGUUUGUGACAGCCCGUGCUGGGGAGACCGUGAUUCUGGGAUGUGACGUGGCCCACCCACUCAACGGGCAGCCCUACGUGGUGGAGUGGUUCAAGUUCGGAGUGCCCAUCCCCUUCUUCAUCAACUUCCGCUUCUACCCUCCCCAUGUGGACCCAGAGUACGCCGGCCGAGCCAGCCUGCAUGGCAAGUCAUCUCUACGCAUCGAAAGGGUUCGAUCGGAAGACCAGGGCUGGUACGAGUGCAAGGUCCUGAUGCUGGAGCAACAAUACCACACCUUUCACAACGGCAGCUGGGUUCACCUCACAGUCAAUGCUCCCCCAACAUUUACGGAAACGCCACCGCAGUACGUGGAGGCCAAAGAGGGCGGCAGCAUCACUCUGAGCUGCACGGCCUUUGGGAAUCCCAAGCCUUCAGUCAGCUGGCUCAGAGAUAGAAACACCAUACAGGACAGCAGCAAGUACAAGGUGAGUGAUGGCAGCCUGACUCUUGUUUCCAUCAGCCGUGAGGACAGGGGAGCGUACACAUGCCGAGCUUACAGCGAGCAGGGAGAGGCUGUCCAUACCACACGCCUACUCGUCCAAGGACCCCCAUUUAUUGUUUUGCCACCAGAGAACAUAACGGUAAACAUAUCCCAGGAUGCAUUCUUCACUUGUCAGGCUGAGGCGUAUCCUGGCAACCUAACAUACACCUGGUUCUGGGAGGAAGAUAACGUCUACUUCAAGAAUGACCUCAAGCGCAGAGUGAGUAUUCUUAUCGAUGGUUCACUCAUCAUCUCACAGGUGAAACCAGAGGAUGCUGGGAGAUACACCUGCAGCCCUAGUAACAGCCUUGGCCGCCCCCCCUCUUCAUCAGCGUACCUGACAGUGCAUUACCCUGCUCGUGUGGUAAACAUGCCGCCAGUCAUUUAUGUGGCCAUCGGAUUGCCGGGGUACAUCCGCUGCCCGGUGGAUGCCAACCCGCCUGUCACUUCAGUGAAGUGGAAAAAAGAUGGCCUGCCUCUGCGGAUAGAGAAGUACCCUGGCUGGAGCCAAAUGGAAGAUGGGAGCAUUCGAGUGUCUGAGGUGACAGAGGACUCUCUCGGCACCUACACCUGUGUGCCUUACAAUAGCCUCGGUACCAUGGGACAGUCCCCUCCCGCCCCUCUGGUGCUAAAGGACCCACCAAAAUUCCUGGUGGUUCCUGGAGGGGAGUACAGGCAGGAGGCUGGUCGAGAGCUGGUCAUCCCCUGUGAGGCAGAAGGAGACCCAUUCCCCAACAUUACAUGGAGAAAGGUAGGGAAGCCCAGCAGAAGCAAGCACAACGUCUUACCGAGAGGCAGCUUACAGUUCAAAUCUCUCAGCAAGGAGGACCAUGGGGAGUGGGAGUGUGUCGCCUCCAAUGCCGCCACGAGCAUCACUGCCAGCACGCACCUCCUAGUAAUCGGCACAAGCCCACAUGCCCCUACCAACGUCCACGUUUCGGUCUCGACGACCUCGGCCAAUGUCUCGUGGGAAUCAGGUUACGACGGCGGCUUUGAGCAGACAUUCUCAGUCUGGUACGGCCAUGUGUUGAAGAGGGAGCAGUUAGGACCACAUGACUGGCUGUCCAUUCCUGUGCCCAGCAGGCAGCACUGGCUCCUGGUGCAGGGCCUGGAGCCCGAGACGGCCUACCAAUUCAGCAUCCUGGCCCAGAACAAGCUGGGAACGGGCCCUUUCAGUGAGGUUGUCACUGUGAACACACAAGUAUUUCCUAUAAGUACCCCAGAACCACUGGUGCUGCUUACCCCACCACGGUGCCUCACAGCCAACCGGACACAGCAGGGAGUCCUACUUACAUGGAUCUCUCCAGCCAAUCACACGUCGCCAAUUGAUCAUUACAUCAUGGAGUUCCGCCUAGGGGAGAGGUGGGAUGUUCUUGAUGAUGCAAUCCCUGCUGGAGAGACAGAUCUUUUGGCUAGAGACCUGCUUCAGGAGGCCUGGUAUGAGUUCAGAGUGAUGGCGGUUAUGGAAGACCUCAUCAGUGAGCCCAGUAAUGUAGUAGGAGUCUCUAGCACAGACUACUUUCCGCCGCCUGAGGUGGCAGAUGAGGGUCUGGCUCGGCCGGUGGUGGCAGGCAUUGUGGCCACCAUCUGUUUCCUGGCAGCAGCCAUCCUCUUCAGCACGCUAGCAGCCUGCUUCGUCAACAAACAGAGACGGCGCAAGCUCAAGAGGAGACGAGAUCCCCCUCUGUCCAUAACACACUGCAGAAAAAGCAUGGCGACUCCGUCAUCUUCUGGAAAAAUAAGUCCAGAAAGUGUCCGCUCCAUAGGACCACCUUCAGAGUCCUCAGAGGAUGGUUUACGAGCCAAGAAGUAUCCUCAAAGUCCUGCCAAGGAGAAGGAGCUGUCCUUAUACAAGAAGACCAAGAGAGCAAUAAUUAGCAAGAAAUAUGGUGUCUCCAAGCAUGAGGCGGAGGCUACCACACCUAUUGAAUUGAUCAGCCGGGGCCCAGAUGGGCGCUUUGUCAUGGAUCCUUCAGAUAUGGAGACACCAGUUAAGGCUCGGCGCAUUGAGGGCUUCCCCUUCGUGGAGGAGUCUGACCUGUACCCUGAAUUUCGACAGUCAGAUGAGGAGAAUGAUGAUCCGGGCCCAAUGCCGCCAGUGAUGGCUGCCCUCAGACCCCAUCAGAUCUCCCCCAUCUCCUCUAGCCAGGAGUCUUAUUUGCAGCCCCCAGCCUACAGUCCCCGCUUCAAGCGGCCCAUGGAAGGUAUGACUAUCAUGGAGACCAGUCGACUCCAGGCUACAGGGCAGAUCCGUGGUGCUCCUCACUUUCGAGCCUUUUCCCAUGGCCAGUUCUACAGCUAUUUGGGAAGUCCAGGGGAACCUGAGCCUCCACCCCCCUUCUACAUGGCAGACACCAGCCCUCUCAGCUCAGUAAUGUCUUCGCCCCCUUACCACCUGGAAGGGCCUUUUGGUCAUCACACCAUCCCAGAGGAAAUUGGUGAGGGCGAGAUUCAGCAUUAUGCAGUCUCUGGCUACACCCUUCCAUUGGCACACCCCUCCUCUUCGCGCUCUCCAGACAUCUGGCAACGACCCGAUUUCUCAUUUGCCACAAUUGAGGGUCCUCACUUUAUUUUUCCACCCCCACACCCUUUGCAUCUUCAUCAAGAAUCUCCCCUUCCACCCCCUCUUGUUCUUCCUCCUAGUGCCCUCCAGGUAUCUCCUUACCCUGGUAUCCUGCAGCUGGAGGCCCCAAAGAGCUACCCUGUCAAGUCUCCCAGCAAGGUCAAGCCUCAGGGCCUUCCAGCCAAGCGUUUACCUAUGCAAGAGGCACAGAGUCUAGGGCAGCUAAGACACACAAGCCACGGUAUAGGUGUACCGGUAUUGCCUUACCCUGACCCAGUGUCUCACAUGGUUGGCCCGAGCUCAUUUGGAAGCCUGGACACCCGAUGGUAUGAGCUGACACCCAGGCUUAGCCCCAGGCAGCCCCGUAGGAUGGAACCCAGCAUGGUUGUUCUCCAGCCGUCCCGUCUCUCACCUCUAACUCAGAGCCCCAUUAGCUCUCAUGAAGGCUCACCUGAGAUUGUAGUGCGCCCUAGGCCACGCCCCAGUGUCAUGCAACCCCCAGUUCCUCCUGAGAUGUCGGAGAUCACCCUCCAACCCCCUUCUUCUGUUAGCUUCUCUAAGAGGUCCUCCCUCUCCUCAUCUCCUGCUCAAGGCCAAGGCAGUCGAAGGGCAAGUCCCAGCUACCGAUCCCACAUGGCAUUUGCCACCUCCGCAGCAAGCUAUCCGUCACAAUCCCCUUCACCUCCUGUAGAAAGUGGCAACAUUUUUGGGCAGAUGCCAACCCAAAGGAGGACUGAGGAGGAGAUCCUUCCAUCAGAACCUUCUCCACCCCAGUUAUCAGCUUCAGGAAAACGUCGAGGUGCACCAAGUGGCUCUGCAGGGUCUGAGAGGAUAGAAGAACUCAGAUAUCAACGAUUGAAAAAAGCAAAGAAAGUUGGAAUCAACAAUAACAACUCCAAGACCAGACGAAAGACAGCUGUGCCCCCCUCUCAGACCCAGCAGCCCCACGCCUCUCAGGUCCUCCAGCCAGAAGAAGCUCUCUACCUCCGCAAGAAGAAGAAAAAGUUGACCCGCCAGGACCCUUACACCCGCUUCUCUGCUCUGCUGUACCGUCGCCCACCCCGAGAAGACCAGAAAGCCAUUUUGGCUAGUAUGGACACAGCAGACCCAGACCACGGCACUCUCCUCUGAAGUCCCAGAGAACAGGCCAACCUCCACCCCCCCCCCACCCACCAAACUCUGCGCUCCUUCCACCCUUGCUCAGCCAGCCAACAUCUUCAUGUCCACACCUGACUUCAGUGGUUUAUUCCUCCUCUCUGUUCCUUUUUACUUACUACCCUGCUGUAAAGUCCGGCUUAGUCCAGCAUUCAUUUCCAGUUUUAUGUGGGUUAGUACUGGUUUGAUGCUGGUCUAGCUGCUGGACCAGCAUAUCCUUUCUGUUCACCAGAAAUACCUCAUUGGUGAAGCUGGCCCAAGCUCGACCAAGGUGUUGUUGCUGGUUAAGCUAAUUUAAGAAGCCUGGUGAACAGCAACAGCAACUUUUCAGCAGGGUAUUUAAUAGAUUGAUAAUGCUGUUUGUAAGUGGUCCAAGGUUUUGCUACAGUGCAUUAACCCUGCAUUCAGAAUGAUUGAUCAUCUUUAGCUUUUUAAAAAGAAUAUUGCUUUAACUUGUCUUUUGGUUGUAGUUUCUCUUAUCAGAAGGGUGCAUCAGCAUUUAAGUUCCAGCCUCUCUCCAUAUCUUUCACUAGAUCACAGGGUUUUCGCAGUUAGGCCAGAUAUACCUCAGAAUCACCUCAAGCUCGUCUUCUCAAUACUACUGUACUGACAAACACAAUACUGGUUACUGUUUAAAAUGUUCUUGUAUUUUGACUUAUUUUGUUCCACAAGGCAAAUUUCUAACAUAUUAGCUAGCCAUACAAUAAAUUAUUUUGAUUUGAUUGAUGUAGGAUUUGAUAGGAUCUAGGUAUGAAUUUGCAUUCCGUAUUGUAAUAUAUAUUAGUAAUGUUUCAAAUCUUUGCAAGUGAUGGUAUGUUAUGACUGUUAGUGAUGGUAUGCCAUAAAAUACUACAAAACAUAUGUAGGAUAUACAUAAAUAGUAAUGUAGAAUUAAUUUAUGUGUGCGUGUGGGAUGUUGUUAGUGUUCUUUACUCACAUGCUCUGUCUGUUUACUCCCUUUAGAAUAUGAUUCUUUGAAGAUAAAAUAGAAACACUCUUUUACAAAGCACAAUGGUAUAUGUAUCUCUU